AUGAUCUUUCUGAUCAGCUUUAUCAGCACUGUGUUCUGUGGACACUUGGGGAAAACUGAACUGGCCAGUGUGGCUCUGGCUAUUGCUGUUAUUAAUGUGACCGGCAUCUCCAUCGGCUCUGGAUUGGCAUCUGCAUGCGAUACACUCAUCUCUCAGACAUUUGGCAGUAAUAAUCUGAAGCGGGUGGGUGUGAUACUGCAGAGAGGGAUUCUCAUCCUCCUGUUGGCCUGUUUCCCCUGCUGGGCGCUGCUCAUCAACACCGAGCCCAUCCUGCUGGCUGUCCGACAGAGUCCCAGUGUGGCCAGAGGAUCUGCUGCUGCAAAUGCAAUUUCCCAGUAUUCCUUGGCAGUGAUUCUCUAUUUGUUCAUCCGAUGUAAGGGCCUGCAUAAAGCCACCUGGGGUGGCUGGUCUUGUGACUGUUUGCAGGAAUGGGGUGCCUUCAUUUGCUUGGCUCUUCCCAGCAUGCUCAUGCUUUGUGCAGAGUGGUGGACAUAUGAGAUUGGUGGAUUCCUUGCAGGACUCAUUAGUGAAGUCGAGCUUGGGGCUCAGUCUGUCGUCUAUGAACUGGCCAGCAUUAUGUACAUGUUUCCACUGGGAUUUGCAGUGGCAGCCGGUGUGAGGGUGGGAAAUGCACUUGGAGCUGGAAACACAGAACAAGCCAAGCUGUCUGCCAAACUGUCUUUAGUCUGUGGACUACUUGUGUCCUGUGUGAUUGCAACCAUAAUUGGAGGUACUAACAAUGUUAUUGGAUACAUCUUUAGCACAGAUGAGGAAAUUGUCCUCAGAGUAUCAGAGGUCAUGGUCAUGUAUGGCUUUGUUCAUCUAUUUGAUGCCACUUCGGUCUCUGGAUUGGGUUUUUUGGCUGUGUUUUCCUACAGUCCUUGUUCUUCAUCAUCCUCAUUUGCAAACUGGACUGGAAAAAAGCGACUCAAGAGGCUUUAAUCAGAGCAGGUGUACAAGUCCCUGAGACCAAAGAUGAAUCUUACGCUAUGGAAAAUAAGGGCUAUACAGAAG